AUACCGAUACAGUAUGGAGGGGGAGAGGCUUCACUGUCAAGCCAGGGAUGUGUUCUGGCUUUGGGUCACCAGAGGUCAGCAUUGCACGGUGUAGGGAGACGGUUUGCUGACGAGGGGAAGCUCGGGCAAUGGCGUGGUAAUAAUAGAAUAUACCGCAACCAACAGUGGUGGUGGGUAGGGGGGGUUCAGUUGAAAGAAAUGCAUCGCUCAUUUUUAAGCCUGAUCAUUUUGCUCGGACGACGCUGGGCCGGUUGGCGGGCCGGUGUUCGGACAGGAGCUGUGCUUUCGGAUGCGCAGUGCGCUUCGCCUCGCUGCUGACUGCUGCAGUGUAAACAAGACGGACCGGGGCCGCGCCGACGUCUGUGGGUGAGACGAGGUCCAGGCAAUUCCGAUGAACGCGCACAAUUUGACUAUGAACAACCGGCGCUAUUUGUCCCAACGCGCAGCGACUUCUCCACGGGCAGAAACUGACGUGAGCGCUCUCGAAGGAUCCCCCCCCCGCUUUCCCUCCAUCUUCUAAUCAAACUUGAAUCAGUUUGGUGAGCGCCAAGCGAACGUCCGCUCCAUCGUGGGGUCAAUCAGAUGGACUUUGCAGCGGAGGAGGAAUCGCCUCCGUUAAUCCCCCAGGACAAUGACCGACGAGCAGGAGGGCUCCGACGCUGAGGACACCGCUGCGUCCGGGAGCGCGCCCGUUCCGCCCGUGGCGCCCCGGACGCAGCGGCCGCCCAGCGACCGCCUGUCUGGCAACAAGACCAGCGUGUGUUCCCGCUCCUACUUCGUGGUGGUGAUGGUGUUCUUUCACGUUUACAUCAUUAAUGUUAUAGCGCUGCUGUUUUACGUGCACUACAGCAGCGGCGGGCAGGAGGACGCGAGCCAGAGUCGUGAUGCGCCCGGCGGCCAGCAGCAGCAGCGCGCCGAGACGCGGCGUCCGCCAUCCAAGGCGGACUUUCUGCGGGACGUGUCUCUUGCACGAAUCGAGGGGAUACGGGUGGGACAUGUCCAGAGUGUGUCAUUGGCACCGGGCAAAGUGCACGACAUGCGCACUCUGAGUCUGAAACCUCUGCUGUUUGAGAUCCCUGGGUUUCUGUCAGAGGAUGAGUGCCGUGUUGUGAUGCAGCUGGCACAGCUGAAGGGUCUGAUGGAAAGUCAGUUAAUGGUGCAAGAUGGUCAGGAGGAUCUGGCCAAGGAGCUCAACCUCAGCCCAGAGGAGAUUUUCAACCUUCUCGAUAUCAACCAGGACGGACAGCUGCAACUCCACGAGAUACUGACUCAUUCUCGAGUUAGGGACGGCAUUUGGCUUACACCGGAGAACCUGCGAGAAAUCUACGCUGGGCUCAAAGCUGACAAGGACGGCAAUGGAUUGCUAAGUCUGGAAGAGUUCAGGCUCCUGAGCAGUGAUGCCUUCCAGCGCUUCCUGCUGCAGCGAGGGGUGAAAAGGAGUCAGCUGGUGAGGAACAGCAGACACACUUGGCUCUACCAGGGCAAAGGAGCACACCGGGUCCUCCAAGACAUCAAGGCGAGGGUGACUCGCCUCACCCGGCUCCCAUCCACAUUAGUGGACCUCAGCGAGCCGCUCCAGGUGGUUCGCUAUGAGGAGGGAGGGCACUACCACGCUCACCACGACAGCGGCCCCGUCUACCCCGAAACUGCCUGCACACACACGCGACUUGCAGCUAACACCUCCACCCCUUUUGAGACAUCUUGCAGGUACAUCACAGUUCUCUUCUACCUGAACUCUGUUGAGGGGGGCGGGGAGACCGCAUUCCCUGUGGCAGACAACAGGACCUAUGACGAAGUGUCUCUCAUACAGAACGACGUGGAUCUUUUGGACACCAGAAGGAAUUGUGACAAGAGUAACUUGAGGGUGAAGCCUACCAAAGGGACGGCUGUUUUGUGGUACAACUACCUUUCUGAUGGCAGAGGUUGGGUGGGGGAGCAGGAUGAAUACGCUUUGCAUGGAGGCUGUGUGGUCACCCAUGGCACUAAGUGGGUCGCCAAUAAAUGGAUCAACAUUGACCCGGAUUACCAGCGGCAGGCUCGCUAUCAGCAGUUGGUAUCACGGCAGCCAGAGGAGGAGGAUGACGAAGGUUCGACUCCGGACCCUGACUUACAGCAUUCCAACAUCCAUCAAGACUUGUAGCUCAUAAACCAAAUUUAUAUAUAUUAAUACAAAAAUCUACCUAGCCUUCCUCUGUCCUGUGCACAACAUUUUUGGUAACAUCCUCUGUGACCAGUAUGUAGAGACAAGAUGUAUUCAGGGAACGAAGUCACAGUGGGUUUAUGCAAUUAUAGAGAUGUUUUUUGGUAAAAUGUUGCUUGGAUAUUGCUAUGCUGUUAUUUUUAAAUCAACCAUUUCCCAUUUUAGGAAUGUUGCACUAGAAACUCAUGAAAGGAGUUGAGACAAAAAAAACCAAUCUUUUGCAUGUUAGCUUCACAGGUUUUGCUGUUGCUAUAAACAAAAAUUGCACUUGAAAAUUGAAAUGGCUCCUGUAAACAUUUCAAUGUCCUUCCUUGUUAUUGCUACCAUUACCAAACAGGCUCACACACACUCUGUGAGAUGCAUGUUGCCUUGUCUCUGUUCCUUAAAUUCAAUAAUAUUUACUGUCAGAAUCCUCUUGGUUAAAAAUAGACAAUUGUUUGGUUGUUUCACUGUAUUAAUUUAUUAUCUUUUUUUCUUCACAAAUGCACUGUAACACUCUUCCAUACUGAAUAAAGUUAGAUUAAGAUAA